UCAACGUGAAUCUCCCCGUCCUUUGUCUUGAAGUUUCUUGAAACAAUGCAAAGGCAGAGUAAUCAAGAACAAGCAGAGCAUAAGAAAAGUAUUGCUGCAGAGGAUGCUCUGCUUCUUAGUUUGUUUUCAACUCUCCUUCAAGUUGCAACCUUAUUACUCUCUUAGAACUCAAUUAAUUAUGUCUGUCUGUAGCUGAAGGAUGGACAAAGAUGUAUCAUCUAUUCUGCUAUUAUUGCUUUCAUGUCUACUAAUCAUUGUAGCCCAUAACAGCCCCUGUACUGCUGCAGAGGAUCUUCUUCAUACUGAUUGCCCGGAUUCAACACGAGAUUAUGCGCCCAACAGCACAUUCGGGACUAACCUUAAGCUCCUUCUCUCUUCUCUUUCCUCUAAAACUCCUCUCUCAAACAGUUAUUUUUACGACUAUUCAGUGGGCAGUGACAAGGACCAAGUCUAUGGACUUGCUCUCUGUAGAGGCGAUGUGACCAGCAAGGUUUGUUUGAGUUGUGUUGAGGCUGCAACUCGGGAGAUCCUCACUUUGUGUUCUAAGAAGGAAGAAGCGAUAAUCUGGUAUGAGGAUUGCCAAGUCCGCCAUUCCUUCCAGAUGAUCUUCUCUAGGAUGGUAUAUGCUGGAAAGUUACCUCAAUGGAAUGAUCUUCAGCCAAUUGUGUUGAACCCAAAUCAGUUCCUCCAGAUUCAGAAUGAUUUUCUAAAUGAACUUAUCAGCCAGGUUACCUCAAAUUCUUCUGACCGUAGGUUUGCCACUAGAGAGGUUACAAUCUCAGGAACUGGCAAGGUACUUGGUCUGGUGCAGUGUAGUCCAGAUAUAUCUAACGAUGACUGUGAAACUUGCCUUUGGCAGUCCAUGGCAGACCUCAAAGGAUGUUGCUCUUCACGUCAAGGAGGAAUGGUUCUUGGUAGGAGCUGCAAUCUGAAAUUUCAAGUUUCACCUGAAAAGGGAGGGGGUGCAAGGCUGGUUUCAUUUGAAGCUAGUGUAGCAAUAUCCGUAUCAGUUUUUCUUGCCAGUGGCUUCUGUGCCUACCUCCUGUGGAGGAGAAGAAAGGGAAACCAAGAAGAUGAGGAAAUAAGCCAACAUCCACUAAGAAUUGAUGUGGAAGCUCAGACAAGCACAUUAGUCUUGAACAGUAAUAUCCUGCAAGGUUAUCAAAUUGAUGACUCCUCAUCAGAAUUGCCCUCGAUCGAUCAUGAUGCGAUAAGAGUUGCUACAGGCAACUUCUCAGAUACAAAUAAGAUUGGGCAAGGUGGGUUUGGAACCGUUUACAAGGGCACAUUACCAGAUGGAAAGGAAAUAGCAGUUAAAAGACUUUCAAGGAGGUCAUGGCAAGGUUUAGAUGAGUUCAAGAAUGAAGUUAAACUAAUUGCAAAACUUCAACACCGGAACCUUGUAAGGCUCUUAGGUUGUGGCAUGGAAGGAGAGGAAAAGCUUCUCAUCUAUGAAUACAUGCCUAACUUUAGCCUUGAUGUUUUCAUCUUUGAUCCCAUAAAGCGAUCCCAACUCAAUUGGAGAACACAGUAUAACAUCAUCAUUUGUAUUGCCUGUGGACUUCUUUAUCUACAUGAGGACUCCCGACUCAAGAUCAUUCAUAGGGAUCUGAAGCCUAGCAAUGUUUUGUUGGACAAAGAGAUGACUGCAAAAAUUUCAGACUUUGGCAUGGCAAGGAUAUUUUGUGAAGAUCAAAACACAGCUGACACUAAACGAGUUGUGGGGACCUUUGGAUACAUGUCUCCAGAAUAUGCAAUGGAGGGGAUAUUUUCAGUGAAGUCUGAUGUUUUCAGCUUUGGUGUUAUCUUGCUUGAGAUCAUAAGUGGAAAGAGAAACAACAGCCACUACCUUAAUGAGCAUGGUCAUACCCUCUUGGCAUAUGUUUGGAAACUAUGGGAUGACAGCAAAGUCUUGGAUUUUGUAGACCUGUCAUUGAUCAGUUCAUGCUCAAGAAGAGAAGUAUUGAGAUGUAUCCACACUGGGCUCUUGUGUGUUCAACAAGAUGCAGCUGAUAGACCAACAAUGUCAGAUGUCAUCGUUAUGUUAGAAAGUGAUUAUUCUAGAGAUCUUCCUCAACCUACAAAACCUGCAUUUGCUUCAGGAAGCGUUGUAAUCCAAACGAAUCAACCUUACUCUGUCAGUUCUUCUGUAAAUUCAGUUGCUAUUUCUCAUGUCACACCUAGGAGCUGGAGAAUUGGAGAAACGAUGGAACCAUCUAUCAACACUACUCCAAGAGCCACAGUUGUGUUCCUCUUCUUCUUCUUCGUUGUCCUCUCUUUCCUGGUCAGCUUCAGCAGCUGCGCCGACCCUAAUUACCUCAACGAAUAUUGUCCCAACACAACUUUAUACGCAUCCAACGGCACCUACCAAUCCAACCUCAACAUCCUCCUCUCUUCUCUUUCAUCCAACUUUAGCACCACUUAUCGCAACACCACUGUCGGCCAGAAACCUAAUGCCGUCUACGGCCACUACUACUGUAGAGGCGACGUAACCCUUGAUAACUGCCGUGAUUGUGUCAGCACCGCUGUCCGUGAGAUCCUCAAUUACUGUCCCAACAGGAAAGUCGCAAUUAUUUGGUACGAUGAGUGUACAUUGCGGUACUCCAACAAGUCCUUCUUCUCCAUUGUCUCCGAGGACCCUCCCUACGCCAUGUGGAAUACACACAACAUCUCGGACCCAACUCGGUUUAGUCAGCUAUGGGGUAAUAUAACGAACGUGACCGCAACUGAAGCUGCCUCCAAUUCUUAUAGAUACGCCACUCGAGAAGCUAAUUUUACGAAAUUUCAAACCCUGUAUUCUCUGGCACAGUGUAGCCCUGAUUUAUCAGGGAGGGACUGUAACAGUUGCCUUGGGAGUGCCAUUUCUUAUCUCCCCGGUUGCUGUAGCGUCAGCCAAGGAGGAAGGGUUUUCAAUCCUAGCUGUAUCAUCAGAUUUGAGAUAUACGCUUUCUAUCGACUUGCAGCUUCAGCACCUGCUCCUUCGCCUUCUAUUUUUUUUCUGCCUUCACCGAGUAACAGAACUACCAUUCCCGAAAAACAAGGAAGAUCGUCUAAAAAAAUUGUUGAAAUAGCUGUGCCAAUUGUGGCUUCUGGAGUGAUUAUUUUCUCUAUCCUCUUGUAUUGUCUGCCAAACUGGAAGAAAAAGGAGGACCCGCCAAAGGAAGAUGGUGAGAGUACAAUUAAAAGUGCAGAGUCAUUGCAAUUUGAUCUUAGUACGAUCCUUGCAGCCACAAACAACUUUGCAGGCGACAAUAAGAUUGGUGAAGGAGGAUUUGGUGCCGUUUACGAGGGUAAACUUCCUAAUGGGCAAGCAAUUGCUGUCAAGAGGCUCUCAAAAUACUCAGGGCAAGGUGUAGAAGAAUUCAAGAAUGAGGUUGUGUUAGUGGCAAAACUUCAACACCGCAAUCUGGUUAGACUAUUAGGAUUUUGCUUGGAGGGAGAGGAAAAGAUACUUAUCUAUGAGUUUGUUCCCAACAAAAGUCUUGAUUCCUUCCUAUUUGAUCCUGAGAAAUGCAAGCAGUUAGACUAGCAGAGACAUUACAAGAUCAUAGAAGGGAUUGCUCGAGGACUUCUUUAUCUUCAUGAAGAUUCCCGCCUUCGUAUUAUUCAUAGGGAUCUUAAAGCCAGCAAUAUUUUAUUGGACGGGGAAAUGAAUCCCAAGAUCUCAGACUUUGGGAUGGCAAGAAUUUUUGGUGUGGAUCAAACUCAAGCAAAUACAAACAGAAUAGUUGGGACUUAUGGUUACAUGUCUCCGGAAUAUGCAAUGCAUGGGCAGUUCUCAGUGAAAUCAGAUGUAUUUAGCUUUGGUGUAUCAGUUUUGGAGAUUGUAACUGGAAAGAAGAACAGUAGUUUCUUUCAAACAGAUUAUGCUGAGGACCUUAUAAGCUAUGCAUGGAGACAUUGGAAUGCAGAAACAACCUUCGAGUUGAUUGAUCCAAUCCUGAGAGAGACUUGUUCAAGAAGUGAAGUGAUGAGAUGCAUUCAUAUUGGGUUAUUGUGUGUUCAGGAAGAUGUAGCUCACAGACCCACUAUGACAAACGUAGUCCUUAUGUUAAGCAGCUACUCAAUUACUCUUCCAUCACCCUCACAGCCAGCAUUUUUUGUGCGAAGCAGGAUGGAAUCAGGCAUGCUUAUAGAAGGGAGAAAUAUGCUGGGUGCCGAGUCAAGUCAAUCUAAAAGCAGAUCAAUACCAAUAUCUGUCAAUGAAGUGUCAAUCACUGAGUUACAGCCUCGGUAGUGUGACUGGAUCAAGGGUAAUGUAGAAUAAGUGUAUGUUAGUCAUCAAGUGAUACUGGGUUUGCAUUAUUAUGGGGAAAAGAAAACCAUUUUCCACUUGUGUUAAAA